AUGGCAGUAUCAUACGAUGGCGCCAACCGCACGUUGACUUGUGAAAGCAAGUCGUUGUCCAUUAAAAUUAUAUUCGAAGUGUUUCUGACUAUUGACAAUCCACAUUGAUUACUUGGAAAGGCUGACUGACCUUCAUUAUGCCUCCCAAAAGUCCCAAAACUGCACAGGUUAAGGGAGACAUUCGAAACUUUUUCACGUCAAUCUCCUCGAAAACUUCGACGUCCAAGUCACCUGGAUCUGCUCCAGCUUCAAAGGAAGAAGAUGGUGGCAAGAGGAAGAAGAAGGCUAUGGUUCUUGUUGAUUCAACAGAUUCAGAAUCAGAAGUACCGUCUCGGUCAUCUGCUUCCACCAAGAAGCCAAAAUUGGAUGAAAAACCAAAGAAAGAAAGUGUGGCCAUAGCCACAAAAUCCAAAACAAAAACUUCGAUACCUGAAACCCCACUUCAACCUGUCGACAUCAGCUCGGUGUUUGGCAAUAAGCCCAUCAAAAGGGACAUCCCAGAGAAAAGGAAAAGAACAGUUAUUGAAGAUCACGAUGAUGAAGAUUUUGAAGCUACUCUUCAGCAGUUGGAUGAAGCCCCAUUAACAAAAAAAUCAAAAGUAUUGGAAAAGAACAAAUCAGUUUCUCCAGCCACAAAAGAGAAAGCCAAGUCUCCUGCGAAAGAGGAGAAAUCCAAGUCUCCUGCAAAAGAGGAGAAAUCCAAGUCUCUUGCAAAAGAGGAAAAAAACAAACCUUCUGCUAGUCUGCCUUCCAGAAAUGGGGAAAAGUCUUUAAAAGAAUCGACGCGAAUAGAAAUGAAAAAGGAAACGGUAUCAGACAAGAAGAGAAAAACAUCCGAUGAAGCAACAAUUCCAAAAAAGAACACCCCUACAAAGGAUACCAAACAAAGUGAAGGGAGCGACAAAAGAUCUAAAAAAGAGCUUCAAGAAUUAGACUCUAAUUCAAAUAAAGCUUCACCUCCAAAGUCAAACAAAAAGAUUAAGCCUGAGCCAACAGUUGUAAAAGAAACUCCCAAAAAAAGAACUGCAAGUCAAGAUGAUGAUCCAGAUGUCAUAGACUCACCAGCCUUCGAUGCCAUCGAAAAAAGGAAAGAGAAAGCUGAAAAUUACAAAAGAUUCCUGGCAUCUCGUAGAGAUGGGGGAGCGAAAAAUCCCGGCAGUAAAUCUAUACCGGAGGGAGCACCGGGAUGUAUGACGGGCUUAACCAUUGUCGUAACAGGUGUUUUGGAAUCCUUGCAACGUGAAGAGGCCGAGGACCUCGUCAAGAAAUAUGGCGGUAAAGCCACUAAAUCUGUCAGCAAAAAUACAUCAUACAUCUUAGCCGGAGAUGAUGCCGGCCCUGCUAAGCUGUCGAAAGCUCAAAGUAUGAACGUGCCUAUCAUCAGCGAAGACGAUUUUCUGAAAAUGCUUGCUACAAGGAAUGCGGCUCAAGGAUCAAGUUCCCCGGCCGGCAAAAAAGUACCCACUACACCGAAGAGUAAAGCCACGACGUCUAAAAGCAUUAAAUCGGAACCAGAGCGUGUCAUAACCAGUGUUGCUACUCCAACCAAAAAAAGAUCACCUGAUACGAAGAAAAUCGAUUCGAAACCAAAGGCCAGUAGCAGUAGUACUACCCCAACGAAGAAGGUGGAAGCCCAUCGCAAGAAGCCAGAUGAAAGUGAAGGAAAUGGUGAAGCCAAACUGCCCUGGGUCGACAAAUACAAACCAACCAACUUGAAACAAGUGAUAGGAAUGCACGGAGACCGGAGCAUUGCUAAAAAAUUGCUUUACUGGUUGAAAAGCUGGUACGAUAACCGCAGUAGUACCAAGAAACUCACCAAACCAAGUCCCUGGUCGACCAAUGACGACGGAGCCUUCUUCAAAGCGGCUCUUCUAUCCGGCCCACCUGGCAUCGGCAAGACAACGACCGCCCAUCUGGCGGCGAAGGAGCUCGGUUACGACAUUGUUGAAAUGAACGCUUCGGAUACGCGUAGCAAACGUCUGCUGCACGAGCACGUGCAGGAACUGAUGUCAUCGCAAUCGUUGGCGACGUAUGCUCACGGCUCAGCACAGAUUGAAGGUGGCCGCAAGCGGGUGCUCGUCAUGGACGAAGUCGACGGUAUGGCCGGUAAUGAGGAUCGCGGCGGCAUUCAGGAAUUGAUCGGUCUCAUAAAAACGGCCAAGAUCCCGGUGAUAUGCAUCUGCAACGAUCGUCAGCACCAGAAGAUCCGCAGUUUGGCCAAUUAUUGCUACGAUCUCAAGUUUAGCAAGCCGAGGAUCGAGCAGAUCCGCGGAGCCAUGCUGAGCGUCUGCUUCAAAGAAGGCAUCAGCCUGAAACCGGAGGCGCUCGACGAGAUCAUCAUGGGAGCCAAUCAGGAUGUCCGUCAAGUUCUCCACCACUUGUCGAUGCUGGCCUCUGACAAGAAGACGCUGUCGACGGAAAAGGCCAAACUGGAGGCGUCGAGGAGCAAGAAGGACAUGAAACUCGGUCCUUGGGAGGUGGUCAAAAAGGUCUUUUCGGCCGAGGAGCAUCGCGGCAUGAGCAUCCACGACAAGAUGGGCCUCUUCUUCCAGGACUACAGCUUUGGCCCGCUCUUUGUCCAAGAGAAUUACCCGUACGUGGUGCCUCAUGCGGCUAAAGGCAACGCCAUCAAGACGUUGGACCUGUUAGGACGUACGGCUCACUGCAUGUCUCAGACGGACCUGAUUGAAAAGGUUAUCCGGUCGCAGAACGCCUGGAGCUUGUUGCCCGUCGAGGCUGUUUUCGCCAGCGUCGUGCCCGGCCAGUUGAUGGAGGGCUACGUCGGCUCCAAGAUCGAGUUUCCCAGUUGGCUGGGCAAGAAUUCACGCCAGAACAAAAUGGAUCGGCUCCUGCAAGAGCUCCAGUCGCACAUGCGCCUCCGCAUCUCCGGAUCGAAGCGCGCCCUCAACCUGGACUACCUCCCGCACGUCCUCAGCUCCAUUGUCGGCCCUUUGAAACGAUGCGGAGCCGACGGAGUCGAAGAGGCAAUCCGGGCCAUGGAAAGCUACGAUCUGAUGAGGGAGGAUCUCGACUCGCUCCUCGAGCUGGCUCAAUGGCCCCAUAAACCCGACAUCAUGGCCGGAAUCGAAGGUAAAGUGAAGGCGGCCUUUACUCGAGCUUACAACAAGGAAGGCCACAUGACGCCGUACGCUGUCGUGCAAGUGAAGAAAGGACGAUCGAAGGACACAGCCGACGAUCAAGAAGCCCUCGUAGAUGAGGAUGGAUUGGCCGAGGAAGACGACGAUGAGGAACAGAGCGAAGAUCCAUCGCUGGACGCAAUGAUCAAAGUGAAGAAGGAAACGAAAAAGACGGCCGCCGCAUCCGCAGCAGUCACGGGUAAGAAAAAAGCUCCAGCUGCCACCAGAGGUCGAGGUGGAGGCAGUCGAGGAGGACGCAAGAAAGCUGCUGAAUAAUUGACCGUGUGUUCUUGCACCAGUGAGAACUCCGCUGCGUUUUUUUUUUUUUGGCGGAGGGGGGGGGGAGGAAAAAAAAAAAAAGAGAGAGAGACUGCUACUGCUGGCAUAUUGCAUCCUUAAUGAAACUUGGCUCUCAAUCUAAUGGGACGCAGAUGGGGGGAACGUACACACAAACUUACCCAUUACUCUCCAGAGGGAGUAGGAGGGGGGUCUCUCAGAGCAAAAGACUAUUUGCUGCUUUUGGUGGGAUGAGUUAGGAAAAAAAAAACGGGGGAGAAGAGAUUACACAGCACACGGGCUGUUAAAAAGACGAGGCUAACACACCCCCCGGUUUUCCUACUAUAUUUUAUAGUUGGCUGUUGAUUGGGUCAAUACCUUUCUCCCCGUCGUGUGUCCCGUGCCUUUUGUUUUCGAUUUUUUCCUUUUUUUUUUCCGGUUGAAAUUGUAGGUGGCGAAAUGAAGAGCCUCGUAGUAGAAAUUUCAUGGAAUCAUUGGCCCUAAUUUUUUCCUUCGCCCCUUUUUUUCUGUUUUCAUAAUGUUGUAAAAAAAAAUAAUGAGCUGAGCAAACAACAAGUUCUACUCUUGCAUAAACGUACGUCAAGA